AUGCCGUUCCACCCGGUGACGGCGGCGUUGAUGUACCGGGGCAUCUACACCGUCCCCAACCUGCUGUCGGAACAGCGCCCUGUGGACAUCCCCGAGGACGAGCUGGAAGAGAUCCGAGAGGCCUUCAAAGUCUUCGACCGCGAUGGCAAUGGUUUCAUCUCCAAGCAGGAGCUGGGCACGGCCAUGCGCUCCCUGGGCUACAUGCCCAACGAGGUGGAGCUGGAGGUCAUCAUCCAGAGGCUGGACAUGGACGGUGACGGCCAGGUGGACUUUGAGGAGUUUGUGACCCUCCUGGGACCCAAGCUUUCCACCUCGGGGAUCCCGGAGAAGUUCCACGGCACUGACUUUGACACCGUCUUCUGGAAGUGCGACAUGCAGAAGCUGACCGUGGACGAGCUGAAGCGACUGCUCUACGACACCUUCUGUGAGCACCUGUCCAUGAAAGACAUCGAGAACAUCAUCAUGACGGAGGAGGAGAGCCACCUGGGCACGGCGGAGGAGUGCCCCGUGGACGUGGAGACCUGCUCCAACCAGCAGAUCCGCCAGACGUGCGUGCGGAAGAGCCUCAUCUGCGCCUUCGCCAUCGCCUUCAUCAUCAGCGUCAUGCUCAUCGCGGCCAACCAGGUGCUGCGCAGCGGCAUGAAAUAG